AUGUCCGUCACCACAACAACAGCGACUGCCGCAUACGCGCCGACCCAUAGAAGUCUUGCCCACCCGCCGCGAACUCUUCGCAAAGCUACCAGCUUCACUAGCAACUUCGCCUCCUCCACAACCGCUUCCUCUCCCAGUCUUAAUUCCCUCUACAAUACCCAUUCGCGUCUCACGCCCUCGCAUCAAUCCCUCCCGCGCAAAUCCUCUCUGGCCGCCCUCACUCCCAAGUCUCUCGCCUCGAUUCCCGAUGUAAGCGAGUCCUAUGCCUACAACAGCGUGCUAGCCGAGUCGCCCGAUCGCAAAAUGCCACCCGCCACGCCCGGUAGGGCCGGGACCGACUUCGUUCUCGGCGAUGUCGUCGAAGUCCCGGGCAAUAUGCUCGGCACCGUCCGUUUUAUCGGUUCUGUGGAUGGGAAGAAGGGCACUUUCGCUGGUGUCGAGUUGCAUCCCGAGUUCUCCCAGCGGGGCAAGAACUCGGGCGAGGUAGAAGGUGUUUCCUACUUUACUACGACUCUUCCUGGCGCAGGCAUCUUCCUCCCUCUAAACAAGGCUGUGAGACGGGACUCUCCUCCUGGCUCGUCCUCUAGCUCGUUUCCUCACACUCCCACUGCCAGCACUAUGGGCGGUCUCAAGGUCGGCACGCAGAACUCAACGAACACACCUCCGACGCCGUCAGUGCCGCUGUUCAGCAAAUCUGUUGGCCCUGGCAUUACCCCCGGCCGAUCAAUCAGUCCCCAGCUGAAGAAGUCAAUGAGCAGGCCUUCUGUACGCCCAGAGUCGCCUGUACGAAAAUUACAGAUGACCCCAGGACCGAGACCAUCACUGGCGACGCCCGGAAAAGUGCCUUCCAAAUACAACUCUCCUGCCCCGAAUCGCUUCGCGCAGAGUGUUCGUGGAACGGCCGGAGACCCGAGCAAAGGUCCACGGUUGGAUAGGAAGCCAAGUGUUGGUCCGCGUAGUGCCUCUGCUCUUGGCCAAACGUCAAUGUUUGACGAGGAGCCGAUGCCUCAGCCACCAGCCACUCUACAGCGAACACAGACAAACGGAAGCACCAAUUCGGUAUCUUCAUAUAGCUCAAAGUUCAGAGUGCCAUCGCGGGCUGGAGCCGGGUCAAGGGCCGCAUCGCGAGCACAGAACGACGAUGAGGUUGACCGGCUUAGAGCACAACUGGACGACCGCGAAAGGCAGUUGAGGGAUCAAGCAUCUACGUUGGCGGAGAUGGAGAGCAGUUUGACCGAGCUUCAGACUCUUAUGGAGAGUUCGGAUCUGUCAGCACCCAAGCGCAACAGUCUCGACGAUAAGGACUCGAUGCAACUUCGCGCACUGGUCAGGGAAAAGAACGAGAAAAUUGCGAUGCUCACUGCCGAGUUCGACGCACACAGAGCCGACUUCCGAAGCACCAUCGACACCCUCGAAAUGGCGAGUUCCGAAACCGAACGAGUGUACGAAAAGCGCAUUGACGAGUUGAUGAUGGAGAUGCGUGAGCUCGAAUCACGGACCGAUGACGUCGAUUCCGUUGCUCGUCAGCUGAAGCAGCUCGAAGAGUUGGUUCAAGAGCUCGAAGAGGGUCUUGAGGACGCACGACGCGGCGAAGCUGAAGCAAGAGGGGAGGUCGAAUUCCUCCGUGGUGAAGUCGAGCGCACACGAACCGAGCUGCGCCGGGAGCGCGAAAAGGCCUCGGCCGGGAUCAACGGCGCCCCAGGUUCCAGCAACGGGGACCGUGGCUCCGUUUCCAAGGAGUUGGAGCAGAAGGAAGACGAGAUUCGGGGACUUAAGGCGAUCAUCCACUCUCUCAGCCGCGAUUCUGUUCCUGGGGCCGACAAAGCUGAGGACCCCUCCGUACGCGAGAAUGCGAUGGCUCGUGAAAGGCUGGAGCUCGAGCGGGAAGUGGAGAGGCUUCGUAGAGGAAGCGCCACGUCUCAGCUCGAUGGGCCCUUGGCCAACGGGGGUGCUCAGCGUUCUUCACUCCGCGAUUCUCGGGAUACCGUCAUCCUGAUGCGUAACAGCGAGCCCCAGUCUCCUACGGCGACGCACAAGCGUGUUCGUACACUGGACACGAUGCCCGAAAGCGACGCCUUCUCGUCAGUCACGGAUAAUAGUACUCUCUGGUGCGAGAUUUGCGAGACUGGCGGACACGAUAUCCUUACUUGCACAAACAUGUUUGGCAACGAGGGUGGCAAGACCAACGGCGACGCCAGCAAAGUGAGCAAGGAGGACCUGAAGCCCAUCCCCGCCGAGGACAAGCCGGCUCCUCUAUCGCCCAUCAAGUCCAAGCCACUUGCUCCUCCGCCAACUGUCAAGAUCUUCCCGAACCCGAUGGAUUCCGGCCCUGUUGCUGGAAAGGAGAGCGGGAUUGUUGACGUCUCCAAGUGGUGCGCUCUGUGCGAGAGAGAUGGACACGAAAGCGUCGAUUGUCCAUUCGAAGACGCAUUCUAG